CGUCACCUGCUCCUUUGCAUGCUGGGAUUGGGUUGAUGACCAUGUUACGGCGGCAAAAUGGCGGAUGAAGUUGUGGAGUUGGAAAACGGCGUAUACAGGGAAUGGAGCCCUGUUCCUGAACAUGUUGUUAUAAGGAAAGAAUUUGAAGAGGAACAGGAGGAGUAUUAUGAAGAGCAAUUGGAAGAUGCAUUAGAUGACAAGGUGCCAUUUAUUAUAAUUGAACCAGAGCAGAUAGGAAAUGAGACUACAAAAUGGAUACAAAUGGGAAACUUUUUGCACAAGACUGGAGUAUUGUCAGGUGCUGGAAGUCUAGUGGUGCAACUUAUCUGUCCUCAAAAGUAUAAAGAUUAUCUAUGCAUUCCUCUAGGUGUUUUGAGUUUGUCAUGCAUAACAUUAUAUAAUGUUUCUUGGCAGUUUGAUCCUUGUUGCAAAUAUCAAGUUGAAUAUGACACAAGCACUUUAGAAAAACUGCAGUUAGAGCACCUUACAUCAUCAUCUGUUGUGGUUUUGCAGAGACGUGAUGAUAUAUAUAGAAAAAGACUCCAUAACUGUUUGGGAAUUUUAGUGGUGACUCUAUUCAGCUGGAAAGUGUACAAAUGGUAUUCAUAAAGUUUCUAUUUAGGCUAUGAAAUUGGUGGAAGAAGACAGCAGGGCCAAUAUUAACUGGCUUUAUAUGAAAGGAUGGGCCUAGCCUGAAGCACAAGUUUUUCAGCAAUAAUUCACUUUCAUUCUGGAAACUGCAAUGUCAAAAGAGAUCAAGAAAAAUUUAAUAUCAAAAAUCUUAAAGUUAGUAUAGCUGUUUGUAGUUUAUUUUGUCUUUGUUUAUUUUAGAUGUGUUAAUGUUUGUUUCCAGUUUGUUAUCAUGAAACUAAUAAUCAGCUUAGUGUAAUUGAUAUGAAACAACUCAAGUGGAACCAACAUUUGUCCAGUAUUUAAUUGAUCAUUCUCUUUAUGGUUCUUAAGUACAAAAGUUGAAAUGUAUAAGUAGAUAAUAAACCUUAGAAUUUUGUGACACAGGUUUAGCACUAUCCUUCUUUCUUAAAAAAAGAUUUUAAGAGAUAAAAGAUGCAAAAAGAUUUCAAAUUUAGUAAAAUGGAUUUCAGGGGUAAACUGGUUUCAAGUAAAACCACCUAAAAUAAUCUCAUCCUAUGACUUGUGUCUUUAGAAUGUAGCAAGCUAGUAUAUCCAAACUACCAAUUUAAGGCAGUGUGUCUUUCUGUGUUUGAUGGUUUAUUUGUGGUUGUAUUAUCAUAUUACUGUGUCUACUUUUAUUUUCUUAAUUUGUUGAAAAUUAUUUUUUGCUUCCUCAAGUUAGUGCACCUAUUAGUUUUUGUGAAAAUUAAAAUGAAUGGAGAAAUAAUACUGAAAUUUAAAAAAUUUUUAGGAUUGUUAUGACUUUUUUGCAAGUGCUCAAACUUGUUUCAGAUUGUUUCAAUCUAAAGACAUUUUUCAUAUGUGCACAAUAUUCCAUGGACCUUUUUAUAAUUUCCAAAAAUAUGUGCUAUUUGGAUUUCCCCAAAGUGUCACAGGAAAUGAAAGAAUUAGAAUAUGUAUUUGGUGUUAGUUUUUGAGUAAAAAUGUUAAUUUCCUGUGAUGUUAAGCAAGUCUAUUCACUGUUUCUUAUGAGGUUUUUCAACCAGUGUUUGUAAAAUGUUCUUAGACAUGUAUUUACUAUUUGCAAAUAUGUGAUUUUAUUCUUGUGCUCUUUGACCUGUAGUUGUCAUAUCCUCAAGAGUGUUGUUUGAUAAUAUACAGUGUUGUGUUAAACAUUAUAUUUCCAUUUUGAAAUUGUAUCUCAUUGUAAUAUUCUUGUAGCAUUUACAAUUUGGUUGCAAAUUUAUACAAAUAUUCCAUUGCAAAGUAUUCCAUUUAAGCUUCAAGAUUUGUUUUCAGGUGUAAUUGACCCUCAGCCUUGUUGUCUUAACUAAAACUAAAACAGCAAACAAAGGAAAAAUUAAGCUACUUAUCUACUAGAGAGUAAAGUUUUGUGAUUUCUCUUUGGUAGUCACAUUCUGGUGUCUCAAGAAUCAUUGGUAGAUUGUUAAAUCGUGCAUCAUUCAUUAAUGCUUCAAACCCAGCUAUUCCAAUCUUUCCAUGACCAAUGUUCUCAUGUCUGUCAAGAUGGCAAGAGAACUCACCCUUGGAGUCAUUUAAAUGAACAGCUUUAAGAUAAUUCAAGCCAACAAUCUUAUCAAAACUGUUCAUUGUUUCAUCCAAUUUUUCCUUGCUUCUUAAGUCAUAACCUGCUGCAAAAGCAUGACAUGUAUCAAAGCAGACACCAAUCCUGUCUUUAACUGCAACUUUGUCAAUGAUUGCUUUCAGCUCUUCAAAUUUGCCACCAAUCUAAAACAAUUGAUUUACAAUAUGAUUGAAAAGAAACACUUAAAAUCCAGAGGUUGCAUGAAUGAAAUUCUCGCUCACAAAAGAAGGGAGAAAAGAAGUGACUGGCAUUUUAUAAAUUGUUUUGAGGAUGGAGGGAACUACAUUCUUGUUUAGCAGAAAAUUGCAAUAGGAAACUUGCAGUGUUUCAUGAAAAAAUAAGGAAACAAGUGAAGGUUUGACAUAUAUUUUUUUGGUUUUGUUUCUACCUAGCAUCUAAAGGUAGUUUUUAGAGAAACAUUAGAUAUGUUUAUUGACAGGUGCCUUUCCUCUCUGCAUCAAUGCUUCUAUUGUAUAUCAUGAACAACAGCUGGCUGGCAAAUCUGAGUGAAAGUUUCUCCAUGACUGGGAUUAAAUCAUUAAAAUAGCCUUUUGACUCACAGUGUAGCCUUGACAACACAUGUUUUCAAUCAAAGUCACAACAUAUUUUGUCUCUUUGUGGGCAAUGUUAAUGCUUUCUGCAAUCCUAUCAAUACCCUCUUCUCGAGUGAUCUUUCCACAUGUAGAGCCUGGGUGAAAAUUGUACAAUGUCAGACCCAAUUUUUCACAUCUUUUUAGCUCAUCAAUUAAUGUAUCACGGCUUUUCGACAAUGAUACAUCAUCUGGAGAAGCGCAGUUCACUAGAUAUAUACCAUGCGGUAAAAUAUUGUUGGGAGAAAACUUAGCAUCAAUGUAUGCGUUUUUGAAUUUUUCUGCAUCUUCGUCUGUGAGUGGUUUCGAUGCCCAUUGUCUCUGAUUACGUAGAAAAAGGCCAAAUGCAUGUGCCCCUAGGUCCAGCGCAUUUUUAACUGCCUUGUGCAAGCCCCCAGACAUGGACACGUGCACCCCAACUUUCUUCAAUGGCCCAUUCAGAGGCUUUUUGGGCGAUGUUCCUAUCAUCAAGGAUGUACCAUCUUUGGACUCUUUCUUCUCAUGAACUGGACUUCCAUAUUGAUUGUUUUUUAGUUCAAUGGUGCCUUCCAAAUCAGACUGUGAUGUCGGCUUAUUUUUUUUGUCACUAGCCACCUUUUUUAUCACGUUUUUUCGCUUUAAAUUUGCGUUUAUUUGUCUUCCUUUUGCUUUAGAAACCCCACCUUCUGCUAAAUUAUUUCGUGACCGGCCUCGCUUCCCACCUGUCAAAACUCCAGCAUCAUUAUUUUCAUUUCCUGCAACUUUCUUCACCAUCUCCUUUUCUGCAACUAUCCUAGAUUUUCGUUUGCCCAUCCUUUACCAGUCAAGGCAAUCAGCUGUUUUGACAAGGCCCUAUGGACAUGUGCACAUGAUAUUUCCCGCGCUUUUUAUGCAGCCUCGUUUGAAAGACUGAGCCGAUUUACAAAAUAAAAUUGAGAAAUGGAUUCAGACUCGAUGUUUUUAAAAAGAAAGAAGGUUCCUUGCUACAGUUUAAAAAUGGAAAAAACAAGUUAUUCGAAGUUAGUCAAAUUAUUUCUGUUUGCUUUAAAUCAAACUCUUGCAUUGAGAUUCUUAUUUAUUUCUUGGAUAUCAACAUUUGUUCAUAAAGUAUCUUAUUAAGAAAGCAAUUGCAUAGCACUUAUACUGGGGCAAAUCGAAGCAUGCAGUUAAACAAUUUUGCCUUUGGCCUAAAUUUGAGUGUAGUAAAACGGCAUCCCUGAAAUUAUGGAUACUGCCAAAAAAUCACUGUUGACGAAUAUCUAAGAACAAACGUCGCGAUGUGGGAAAGAGCAGAACCCCUUUAACAUAGGCUCCGACACAAGUUGGAGAGGGGGGGGGGGAGGCAAGGAAAAUUGAACAGCCAUAGCAAAAGAUUUUGAAAAAAACUCUAAAAGUUUUGCAAAAUUGUGGGAGUUCAUGGUCCCGCCCUCUUCGUCGGAGACCCUGUAUAAUUGGCCCACCUAGAAUGCCGUAGGUUCAGGGCCGCCAAGAGGGAGCAGGGAGGGGGUAAAUUGACUGUGCCAAUGGGCCUUCUUGGUUUGGAGCAAUGAGGUUUAAUCACCUACCUCAUUGGCAAAUGGUGUAGGGAACGUCAAGGGGGUAUCACUCGAUGAAAACCUUGCUCUCCUUUAGCAAAAAUCCUUUUGUUUUCAAGAAAGAUCUCCAAAAUUCCCUGAAAAUAAUUUUUUCUAAAGAACGAUUGAGAGAACUAUAAAAAGCGCGGUCGCAAAGAUCUCAUCUUUCAUCAAUUCCUUAACCAAGGGGUAGCGUGGGGUGGUAAUGCAACCCCUGGAGCAAGAGAAUACCAGCUUUUUCCUAUCUCGAGAAUUUUACUUCUAAAUUCUUUAAUGGAGGUUUCCUUUGUUUUCGCUGGAUUGUCGUGACAGUCUGAGUCAAGUUAAUACAAUACUGCAGGGAAGAACAUGCUUUUAGGACUUAAGAUCAAAAAAACUUUCGCUGCCAAGCAAAAACUGAAACAACUGCCUGCAACACGAUGGUCAGGGCAUUUUGAAUUCACAAAUUAUAUGAACAACAAUUUUGUGGACAAUGUACUGUAGUAUAUAGGCACGUAGUGGUUUAAUCAGUGGCUUUUAAAGUAGAAGUGUCAUAUUCUAUUGUAGAAAAGACGAAUUUUUUGAGUUAGUCUUUGAAAUAAUAUAAUAUUGCAAAGCAGGCACUAAAAAUUACCUGAAAAUCAAGAUCAUCAAAGAAGUUAAGAAGCGAAGACCGUGGCUUGGAUAAAGAUUUGCUGAAUCAGCUACAAGAGGAUGAGGAUAAUUCAUUGUUCAUUUUUGUAAAUUGCAUGCUUUUGGACUUUCUAAAGCCAAUAAACAUAGUCAUGAAGCAGUUUCAAUUUUCCAGUCUAAAUCUUUCACAGCGCUGACUGUAGUAAAAGCCGUGCAAACUUGGCUGAGGCUCCAUACACGAAAAUGUUUGCUGAUUUCCGAAAAAAGCAAACUAAACACACUGAGCUCAUCAUAGGCAGGGUUAUGGCUGUGAAAAUCUGAUUUCUCACCUAACCGAUCCAAGAUGGGUCCAAAAAGAUUUUGCAUCAGUAUCACGUGAUUGAUGACGUCAUCGAUAACGACAGAAACAGUCACAAAUCCGCUAUAAAUUUAUAAAAGAUGACAAGGUUCGAGAAGAAAGUUUUUUAUUGUUGCUGUCACGAUAAUUGUAAGAUUACUUUAAAAAGUGUUGGUUUGCAUAUUCUAAUUUGUUUGCAGUUAGAUUUACUUCUUUUUUGUCAAUACUGAGUUUACAGUUAACAAAGCUCCCUGCUUUAAUAAAAAAAUUAUUUUGCCCAUAGCUUUUAAUCAGAUUUAUAAAGACUACCUAGAUGACAAUCUUGGUUGACUGGUGUAGAAAAGGAGGGAGACUAUUCAUUGUUCACUUUUACAUUUCGUUGUUUAUCUUCUUUAAAGCAUGUUUGUUUAAUGCACAAACUCGAUGUUGAAGUACACAUUGUCAGAAAGUGGUGGGUUGGGUGUUUAACUAAUCUGUCUAGGUGGGGGAUGAAAUUUUCCUUGGGUUCAAAUAGCUCAUUUGUAGAUAACAAGGCCGGUUCCAUUAACUUUUAUUUGAUCCGACAAGGUCUUGUUGCAAGAACUGCAAAACUGUCUCAAUCCUUCUCGAGGCACGUUUGAUAAGUAGCUCUUAUAUUUAAAACGAAUAAUUUAUUAGAACCGAAACACAUCGUGUUAACUCCCUCCCGCUAUCCUCGUCGCUUGAAAGCCUCCUUCUCCUCGCUUGUGUUUUGCUAUAGGCCUUCAGGGCCAUCCCUAACAUAGCCAACAAACAAGCACGGAAAAUUGCAGAAGAAGAAAAAGGAAACUCAUUCAAUCCUUUUAAUAAUUCUGUAAAUUGUAAGAAAAUAAAGCUUGAUAGAUUAACAUAAAAAAUUGUGUUCCAACAACUGAGCAGCGUUUUUAUCCGGUGCUACAAAAAAUGCGACAUAGGAAAACGUGACUCGCGUAAACGCUACGUCUUGACUGGGCGGCGCUAGGGAAAUAUUUUGGGGGCGGUGUCAAUCACAGCUUGGCAGGAUGAUUUCAUGAAUAAUGCAAAUCACAAAGUUUACCGGAUAAGCAAUAGUGCCAAAUCAAUCGAGUAAGAAACCAAUUAAUGACUCUUUGAGGGAUAGGUUGGUGUCACACCCCCAAACUCUCCCUAGCACGGCCGCAUGUUCUCUAUUACAAGGCCUACAAGGUGUCAACAAAUAGUUUGCUUAUUGUGCAUGCUGGGAACCUACGUGUUUUGCUAAAAACUAAAUUGUGCAUGGUGAAAGGAUAGAGAUAGGGGUAGUACGAGGUUGAUUCUAACAAAUAUGUGAAAUUCUGUUUGCUCCUCGCAUCUCUUUUAGUGGAAUGUUGGUGUCUAUGGUGCAUCAUUCGAGCGGGUUAGGCUUGUUCUUAAAAUACCUUAGAAAGGGGACUCCUCGUAAGUUUUAUUUUAGGAAAUCUUAUGUUAAAAUUAGUAGAGGAAAUAUGUGUUCUUAUAAAUAAAUAAGAUCCAGCAAAAUUUUAGGCGAUUCCUGGCAACAGCUCGUUAAAGGGGGAAGUAGUUUAUCGGAAUCAAUUGGAGGAGGGAGGGAGGUACAAAAACCGUAUGGACAACAUGGUAUACGAGCACGAAAACGUCAAAUUAAUUGCAAUUAAUAAUUAUUCAAUUUUCUUAUAUACCUUAAACCCAAGAUUAACAAAAAACGGUAGAAAAAUAAUACAAUAAGCUCUAAACCUCCAUUUACGUGCAUAGAAGAGUUGCUUUUACAGCGAAAAGUGGAAUGAUCGUAUUAUACACAAAAUACCCUGUAUAAAUGACAAAAAUGUAAGUUUUAAGACUUUAAAUAUGACAUAAAGAAUAUGCAAUCUUCAGCGAAAACUCAAAAUAGAAUUAAAAGUCUGCGAGGCGAUCGUUUC